GCUUAGUUAUGUCACGUGAUCAAACAGGCCGCCAUAUUGGACUUAGCUGUAUUAUUCUAAGUAGAAAUUCGGGUGGAAUUUCGCCGCUACUCGGCUGAAAUAUCCUUCUAUGGAGGAAAAAAGGUCUUCUGGCAGGUCUAAAAGACAGCUCAAAUCUAUCGAUGAUGGGCAUUGGGAUUGCAGUGUCUGUACAUACAGCAAUUCACCAGAAGCUUACAAAUGUGAAAUGUGCGACGUAAGGAAAGGGACUUCAACCAGAAAGCCUCGGUUAAAUUCUCAACUUGUUGCCCAACAAGCCGCACAACAAUUUGCUCCUCCAGCCACAAAACGAGAAAAAACACACACGUCAAGUCGAGAUAAACACAAAACAGUCAAUGGUAAAAGACGUUCGAGAUUAAAAAACAUAGAUCGAAGUAGCGGUGAGAAAAUGGAGGUUACAGUAAAUGAUGUGACAGUUUUAAUAACAGACUAUAAACCUAAGACGAAUACAUCCCCAGAACAGGGUAAUGAUCCCAGCUCUGAUACAAGUGACACUAAUUCGUCUGCGGGCAAUGACAAUGAUCAUGAUGACGUCACCUCUGACACUAGUGUCAACAACUGAUUAAGUGUCGUUUUUAUCAUGUGACAAAGACAAAGCAUGUCAUAGACAUAAUGAUAUACAUUUCUAUAAAUAUGGCAGUAUCAUUAUAUUGUUGAAAAUACAUAUAUCUACAUGUAUAAAAUGUGUAAAAAUAUGGUGUCAUGUUCCUUAAUAUACGGAGAUACAAGAACCGAAGAUUCCGAGAAAAGCCAAAAAUCUUGAACACAUGUACAAAGUAUUAUGUGAGAGAGAUACUGUGGAAAUUUGUGAACUUUUAAAUCCUAUAUGUGUGUCAAUUUUCAAGUGAUGUGUAUACUUUUAUUGUAAUAAGCAUUAAAUGGCGCCAUCUUGGUAAUUUUGGCAAGACUUUAAAUGUGUAUGCAACUGAGGUAGUUUUGUUACAUUAUGAGGGAUUGUGGUUAUCUGACAUUGCAUGUAUGAUAUUGUUGAUGUGUAAAUUUAUUGCAUGGUGGAAUGACAAUUUUAUUAAGUUUCAAUAUUUUUUUUUUAUGUUAUAGGUUUCAUGCUUUAUACAUAUAUAUAAUAUAUGCUUGUGGAUCACACCACUUGUUUUAAAUCAUCAAACUUGGCAUAAAAUUUUGUCUUAUUCCUCUGAACGCAUCUUAAAAUAGUAAUCAAUUUAUGAAUCGAUUUUGAACUCUAUGGAAUCAACUUAAGAUUUUUAUUCAAAUUUUUACUCUCUUUAUGUAGGUACAUGUAAUUGAUUUUUUUUUAUUUGGAUUUCAUAUGAAAUGUAUUAAGAAAUAGUUUUUAUAGUAUGUCUACACGGUCAAGUAAUUGAUUAUUCAGUUUCUUUAAAAAUGAUCAAAUAAUUUUAAUUUGUAUGAUUUUUAAAAAAAAAAUGAAAUUACCGGUAAGCACUUAGACCACCAGAUAAAACCAAUGUUAUAUUAUCAUUCUACAAAAUUUGUCAGCGCCAGGGUAUAAGAGCUGUCCAUUGUUAAAAUGGUUUUUAUAUUCCAGCAUUUUAUAUGAUGGUUUAUUGUUGUCACCUAUGUACUUCAGAGACUUCAGUCUAUCCGUCCAUUUGUUCAGGUCAGAUUUUUUUUCUAGAUAUUUUUCUGUAACUUGCAGGGUUUGUUUUCAGCCAUCGUAAAGAAGGAACACUAUUGCUUCAAUCACAAAGCCAUAUGGGUCAGACUUUUUUUUUUAAAACUUGCAGAGUUUGUUUGGAUGGCCAUCAGAAUAAAAAUACUGAAAUUCAGUCACCCAUCAAUUUGUGCUGAGAUUUUCAAGCUUGCUUGAUUUGUUUGCCUAGUCAUCAAAAGGGAAAGUAUUGAUAUUCCGCCUCAAAGGUUUUUUUAGAUGCAGAUAUAUGUAUUGCUUCCUUGACCGAGUAUCAUCCUGUAACAUCCUAGCUGCUGGUGGGCGUAUUUUUGUUGCCUGGCAAAACUGUUUAGGUUCAGUUAUAAAUUAAUAGGUGGCGUGUUACUUUUCACAGUUUAUCUGCUGGUUGUAUGUUCAUAUGAACCAAUACAUGUACACUUGUAAUGAAUUGUGGACUGUUUGUGACAGUGGUAAUUUAUGCAUAAAACUUUAGAUGAUUAUAGAAACUGGUGUUUUAUGUAGUUUGGUACAUAUUUUCUUGAUUCACCGUUUGCUUUUCGAAGUGAAGGGUGAAUCAUAAUUGACACCCAAUUAUAAAGUCUAAUGCAAACCCCCUCUACUCAAAAGUCCUACUCCUACCUCUUGCUAAAAAUGCUAACUCCAAUUCCAUCUGUAGCAUUUACUUACAUCUAAUUCAUAGAUAAAACUUUGUAGUUUGUGUAUUUGUUUUAGUGUUUUGGGCAUAUUCCAGACAUAAUGUCACGCUACAUAAUGCCCACAAACAAAAUGUCAAAUUUUUCAUUGGGUUAGGGUUAGUAAAAACUGAUUUCCCUGUGGGCAUUAUAUACUGUGACAUUAUGUUCUGGAUUUUUUUUUUAGGGCAUAUCGUUUCCACAAGUAACAGAAUAACAAACUUGAUUUUAUUAAUGUUAUUUACUGAAUAUUGCAUGAUAUGUAAUUGAUAAAAUUGUCCUAGUUUUAUGCAAUUGUGUUAUUCAGGAUCAAUGCAUGAAUGAACUGGUUUUAAUAAUGAAAUGCCAGAAAAUAUUGAAUUGGGUUUAGAAAAAAAUUUUUUAUUUUAUUUGAUUUAAUAUAGAAUUGGACAGAUGUAAAUUAUAAACUAAUGGAAAAACUACAUUUUUAGUAUAUUGUCCAAUUAUAACAAUGAUACAUAAACCUACAUGUACAAAUAUAGUGGUUUUGUUUGGGCCUUUUAAAGUAACAGGUUGGUUGGGGGCGAGCGGGGUAUUGACAUAUUGGGAAUGAUUCAUUCAUGAAAUCCAAAUUAGGGUUUGUAGAACAGGGAUAUUAUUUCAUCUCAACUCUUUUGUCUAGGUCUGGUACCUCAAAACGGUGUGUUUUUCUUCUUAACUCAAACACAUUGAACUCCAUAUCCAUUGAUCUCCAUAUUUCAUUAAACUGCCAUUUCUCAUCAUACAUGUAAUUUAUGUAAUAAUUAUAACCCAAUGAAAUGUUUUCAUGCAUGCUCAUUUUCUUUAUAAACUUGUUUAUUGAUAUAUGCACAAUGCAAUAGGGUUUCUUUUAUAGCCUACUAGUAAGUACUGAUAAAGUGAUUGUGAAUGAGAGAAAGGUACUUCUAAAGUCAGUACAAGAGAUAAGUUUUUAUUAACUUGGUGGUGUAAAAACAAUACAGUGCGAAGUUGGUAAAUAACAACUUUCCUGUCCUUGCUUUAAAGCAAUCUAAUUAAAAUUAGAUGUUUAUUUCAUUCUGACUUGGUUCAAUUCUUGCUCUAUUCUUUGAUACCUGUACUCAUCGAAGUCUGGUUUGAGCCAGUGUGAUUGGCUUAAACAAUUAUUGCCAAAGCAAAAGUAUCUUUUCAUUGGUGGAAUGAGGGUUCAAUUCAAUUGAAAACAAUUUUUUUUUAAAAAAAAAAAUAUUGUUAGACCUCACUGUAGUGUAAAUAUACAAGAAAUAAAAGUGAAAAAAGAAAGAAAAGUGUAGUCUAAAUCAAUUAUACGAUUCUUUAUGUAUGAUGUUCAGAUAAGGUAUAGUAUAGUGCUACCUUUAUGCUUUCUGUUACUAUAAAUAGAAUAACUGAACAAAUAAAGGAGUUAGACUUACAAACUGUAUGAAUGUAUGUUUAUCAUGGUGAAAAUAAAGUAUAAUAAUAAUAA